AUGGCAAAAGAGACUGUAGAAAUUGGGGGGACAGAAAAGAACCUCUUGGAGUCAAAAGGACAACGGAUCCGCAGAGCACUUUCCAGGGGUUCGGACGGCGGCAACGGUUAUUUUCGCCUUUUUUGGAAUGGAAAAAAGUUUUUUUUUGGAAUUUUUAUAGGCGAAAGGAGGCCGCCGCCGCCCGAGAUUGAUGAUGAUGGUGGUACGAGUGUCGCAAAUUUGUGAGGUAGUUUGGAACUUAUACUUACCCUACGGAUGCCGGUCCUAACACGCACCUAGGGUCGGCUUUUGGUGGAGAUGUGUUGUUUUUUUUUUCAUCAAAGAAAAAAUAGCCACUGUGGACGAUGAAAGGUUGCCCCAUGGACAUUUUCUCAUUUUUUGGACCAACACAUCCCCACCAAAAAAAUCAUUAACCUAACAAAAAAAAAAUGAAAGUCUUACGGGGGGGAUAACGGACUAGAAAACGGCCAAGGAAAAGGCCGUUUAGAGCCAUUUUCAAAGACAAAAGCGUUACAGCGCAUGUGAGACGGCGCGAAAUCGUCUUUUUCGGAUCUAUUCUCUCUUAUUUUUAUGGUGAAUAUAUGAAUCGAAUCGAUCAAAAAGACGGCACCGAAAGACUACAUUGGGUUGGGGGAAAAGGUGGGGAAAGAAUCGAUGGUUUGAGGGAGACGACUGGAAUUUUGGGGACGACUCGAUGAAGAGCGUCUGGGAAAGAACGGGAUGGACAGGUGGACCCAGGUGGAUAGGUACAGGUAAAUUUUUGGGUUUUGAUGAUUUCAGAGGUCUCAAGUGGAAAAGUACUUCUUUUCGUACAAUUUUCCUCCUCGGACAUUGGUAACGCGAAACGGACGUGCUCCGGACGUUUCUGGGCGAUUCUAGGGAUCACUUAA